GUCUCUUUCUUUCUUGUUGGUCUGGUCUGAUGAAGUGAACUGAGGGAACCCUAGCUCGAUUCGAUUCCACCACCGCCGCCGCCGCCGCCGCCCAAGCCCGAGGAGGACGAUACGAUUCCACCACCGCCGCCGCCGCCGCCCAAGCCCGAGGAGGAGAGAAGGGGAGAGGAUGGCGUCCGUGGGGCCGACGCUCGAGUCCCUCGUCGACCAGGUGAUCUCCGUCAUCACCAACGACGGCCGCAACAUCGUGGGGACUCUGCGCGGGUUCGACCAGGCCACCAACAUAAUCCUCGACGAGUCCCACGAGAGGGUCUACUCCACUAAGGAGGGAGUACAGCAGCUUGUCCUCGGUCUGUACAUCAUCAGGGGUGAUAACAUAGGCGUGGUGGGUGAGGUGGACGAGGAGCUGGACGCGGCGCUGGACAUGUCGAAGCUGAGAGCGCAGCCCCUCAAGCCAGUCAUCCACUGAAGAUGAUGACAUGUUCUAUCGAUCUGAUCCUGAUCGCGCAAGCCGAAGCUGAUGUUGCUCAGUCAAUCUGUACCGUAGGUUAAUCGAUUGAUCGCUCACUCGUAUCUCAUAUCUCAUAUCAUGGACCCUUGUAUGAUGAAAAAAAACAGGGUUUGCUCCGUCGAUGGACCGGUCAUGUUCUUGUAUGAGAGAGUGAUACAUGCAUCUCUGUGCACGUAAGUAAUGAAUGAAUGAAUGAAGUAGGCAAUUGAUGUUGGAAGCUA